AUGAACCCAACUUUCAAAUAAUCACAACAAAUAGAGAAUAGCAGUAAUAUUAUGGGCAGUAGCGCUGGAUUCAAUAGAAAAAUCAAAUUAGCUUCGUAAAGGCCUGGCAGCAGGGACUAAAAACUAAAAACUGGAGAAAUGUAAUUUGAAAAUGUUUACCUUAAUAGAUUUCCUCAAUUCUAAGAUCCAUUAGCCACCAAUCCCUUUAAUUUGCAAAGUCUUAACCUCUAUUAAGAUGAAAAUACUUUUAUUACAACUAUGAAAGCAGAACUUCAUUAAAUACAAGAAGGAAUCAAUAAAUUAGAUUUUGAUGGAAGAAUUCGAAAUAACGACCCAAGACAAGAAUAUAGGUUACAAUAAGUGAAAAAGUGGGUUGCUUAAAAUUCUUAAUCUAAAUUAGCACUUGAAAAGUUAAACAAUAUUGAGAUCUCAUAACUUCUUACUAUAUUAGAUGUUCAAACUUUAGAGGAAGCUAUUGUCAAACUUUACAAAUUCAUAUCUAUCAUGGAUAGUGUAAUUAUGAAAGUUACAGAGUAUGAGGCAAUUCAUUUGAUCAAAUUUGAUGAGUUGUUUAGUUCAUUGUGUCCUAACUAUUAGGAAAACUUACAAUAAAUAUCUGUUUUGAAAUUUCCAAUUGCUAUUUCUAAUAUAAAUCGAAUGACUGAAUUAUAUUAAGUUAAAUAAGAUAAGAAUUAACAAUAAAAGCUUAUAAAUGAUAAUAGUAAUAAUUAGGGCCUUCUCAAAUAAAUUAAACAAAAAGAUGAUUAAAUUAGCGAAUUAAAUAAAACAAUUAAACAAUUAUAAUUACAAUUAUAAGCAAGUAUGAAAGGAAAUAACAAUAAUAAUAAUACUAAUAACAAUAAUAAUAGUAAUAAUAAUAAUAAUAAUAAAAACGAAAAUUCUUAAGAACAAAUUGAUUAAAUAAGGAAUGAAUAUGAAAUUGCGUUACAGAAACAAUCAGAGACUUUAAAUUUAAAACAUGAAAAAGAGAUAGAGAUGUUUUAAACUUAGAUUGAAUAGUUUUAGAAAUAAUUAACAUAAUUAAAAAAUCAUUAUGAAAAAUAAAUAUCGGAUUUAGUAUCAUAAAGUUAAUAAGACUAAUUAAACAUAAAAUCUUAAUAUGAAGAUAAAUUAAAAUAAUAGUAAUAAUAACAAUAAUCAUAAUAGUAAUAAUAAUAACAACAAUCAUCUUAAAUUCAAACUUAAACUAAUACACAAUAAUAAUCAAAUGGCAAUGCUAAAGAUCAUAAUUAUUAUCAAAAAAUUUUGGAUAAUGCGCAACUAGAAAAAUGUAAUCUUAUCUUUACAAUAUAGGAUUUAAUUAAAUUAAGGAAUUAAUUGACAGAAAAAUAAACAAUAAUUGAAAGUCUUUAAAGAGAAGUUCAGCAAUGGAAAGAAACAAUUGAUAGAUUAAAUAAAGUUAAGGACGAAAUCUAUUAACAAUUUUAAAAGCGAUACACAACAUAAGAGCAAUUUUCAAAUUCAUAUGAGGCAGCCUUAAAAUUAGAAUUUGAAACCAUGAAAAAAUCUUUUGAAUAAAAAAUAUAAAAAUACUAAUAGGACUUGGAAUCUCAAAGGAGAGAGGCAGGAAGAUCAUUAAAUGAAAUACGAGUGUAAUUGGAAAGAGAGUAAGAAACAAAAAAAUUAUUAUUGAAUAAACUUAGUUUAUAUAUUUGA